AUGAAUCCGAGUCAAGAGCCACUCUGGCAGUGGCCAAAUUCUUCCACGGCUCCCAAUCCUGAGGCAGGCCAAAGGUUUGAAGAUACUCACCAACAUGAUGAUUCGGCUGUCCCUCCGCCGGAGUCUUCCCAGAAGCACUACCCACCUCGUGUAUGUCGCAUCUGUCUAGACACAGUUCUACCUACCUUCCUUCCUCCUUCCGAUAACAUCCCUGGGUUUCUCCAACCCAAAGCACGGGUGGUCUAUGAGUCUUCUGAUGCGGAGCUCGGCCGACUACUACGUCCCUGCAAGUGCAAAGGAUCUUCACGAUACGUCCACGAGGGUUGUCUCCAAGCAUGGCGACAUGCGGACCCGGGCUAUAGCAAAAGGAAUUUUUGGCAUUGCCCAACUUGUGGCUUCCAGUAUCGGCUAGAACGUCUCACAUGGGCGCGCUGGAUCAGUAGUACUUCCGCGCAGCUUGGCUUGACUUUAUUGAUACUGAUGUUCACUGUUUUUACCCUUGGUUUUGUUGCUGACCCAAUCAUUAACCUCUACAUCAACCCCAUGGAAACCAUCAUCUACUCUGAUUUUUGGGAUUCCAGUACUGUGUCUAGCGUCUUGCCGACUGAAAAGCAGGCAUCAUGGAUUACACACUUUGUGAAAGGUUUGGCGUCGUUAGGCUUUCUGUCGUUCAUCAAAGCCAUAGUCGCCAUGUCACCCUGGCAGUGGUGGCAUGUUCGUCCUAGUGGCUUGGUCAGUAGUGGCAGGACCACAGGUAGAAGCCGAGCAGCGUCAAUCACUUGGGUUGUCAUCCUGGUUGGCGUUUGCAGUUUCCUUUGGGCUGUCUAUAAAGGCGUAAGAAGCUGGAGCCGGAGGGCCCUAGAAAAGGCCGGGGAGCGCGUCAUGGAUGUCCCAUUGCCUGACGAUGAGGAUGAAGAGGAAAAUAAUCCGUCUUCGGAGAAACCCGAGGUUCGUAAAAAGGAGGAAUAA